CGAGAGGAAGCAGCGGAACUUGGCGUGCUAGGGGUCGGUGGAGCCCGGGAAACUUGGACUGACACCAAGGCCGGCUGCGGGACGGGACGGCGGCGCCUCGGUCAAUAUCACUCCAGGGCCUGAUGAUGAAGCGGACCUUGCUGUGCUGGCCCCUGUCUUGCCUCUUUGUGCUGCUGCCCUGGCCCCUGGCCACUCCAACACCAAUAACUCCUUGGCUGUGUCCACCUGGCAAGGAGCCUGACCUGGAUCCAGGGCAGGGCACAUCAUGCAGAACCUGCCCCCUAGGCACCUUUUCGGCCUCGUGGGACUCCUAUCCAUGCCAGCCUCAUCACCACUGCAGCCUUCAAAAGAGGCUGGAGGCCCGGGCUGGCACAGCAACCCAGGAUACAAAGUGUGGAGACUGCCAGCAUGGGUGGUUUGGGCCACAGGGAGUGCCUCAUGUUCCGUGUCAGCCAUGUUCCAAGGCACCUCCAAGUACUGGUGACUGUGAUGAAUCAGGGCGGCGGGCCCGGCGUGGCGUUGAAGUGGCAGCAGGUGCCAGUAGCAAUGGUGAACCUCGGCAGCCUGGGAAUGGCACUCGGGCAGGCGGUCCUGAGGAGACGGCUGCCCAGUAUGCAGUGAUUGCCAUUGUUCCUGUCUUUUGUCUCAUGGGGCUUCUGGGCAUCCUGGUGUGUAACCUGCUCAAGCGGAAGGGCUACCAUUGCACAGCCCAAAAGGAAGUCGGGCCCGGCUCUGGUGGAGGUGGCAGUGGGAUCAAUCCCGCCUAUAGGACAGAGGAUGCCAAUGAGGACACCAUUGGAGUCCUGGUGCGCCUGAUCACAGAGAAGAAAGAGAAUGCAGCGGCCCUGGAGGAGCUGUUGAAAGAAUAUCACAGCAAACAGCUGGUACAGACAAGCCACAGGCCUGUACCCAGGCUGCUGCCGUCCUCCCCCAGCGUGCCACACAUCUGUCCACAUCACCACCACCUCCACACUGUGCAGGGCCUGGCCUCACUCUCUGGCCCCUGCUGCUCCCGUUGUAGCCAGAAGUGGCCAGAGGUGCUGCUGUCUCCUGAGGCGGCAGCUGCCAGCACGCCUGCUCCCACCCUGCUGCCUGUUGCAUCCAGGGCUCCCAAGGCUAGUGCGAAGCCAGGACGUCAGGGAGAGAUUACCAUCUUGUCUGUGGGCAGGUUCCGUGUGGCUCGUAUUCCUGAGCAGCGGACCAGUUCAUUGAUAUCUGAGGUGAAGACCAUCACGGAGGCUGGGCCUUCAGAGGGUGAUCUCCCUGAUUCCCCACAGCCUGGCCUUCCCCCUGAGCAGCGGGCACUGCUGGGAAGUGGUGGAAGCCAUAGUAAGUGGUUGAAGCCCCCAGCAGAGAACAAGGCUGAGGAGAACCGCUAUGUGGUCCGGCUAAGUGAAAGCAACCUGGUCAUCUGAUGGGCUGUCUAGAAUUAGACACUCUGCCCUGUCCUGGGAGGUUCUGAAGGCUUCCUGCAGGAGGGAGAGCUGCAGCUGGGACUGAGGACCAAGAUGCAAAGGCCUAGCAGACAAAACAGCAAAGGCCAAGUCCUGGAGGUGGGACCGUCCGCCCCACUGAGGAGGCAGCCUGCGGCACAGCACGUGAGCAGGAGAUCAAGAGCCCACCCUAUCCCUGCAGCCCCGGUUACUUCCAUGCAGGGUGCUGUAGCCCUGUGCCUGCCCUGAACACAUCAUAGGAGCCCUCUGUCCCUUAGGGGGGUCUGGUUUGGUGGAGGAGUGGUAUCUGUACCUGGUCCCUACUUGUGCCUUGGGAACCAGCCACUCUUGCCCAUGUCCUGGACCCUGGAUGUGACUCCCUCUCUUCUGGCAGGGAAGGGGUAGCAAAGAGCUCUGUGCUGGUGGCAGAGUACCUGGGUUCCAAUCCUGGGCUUAUCCCUAGGUACUUACGACAGUGACAUUGGGAGAGGAGAGCUCAGUUCCCAGGACCUCUCCAGCUCUUUGCAGAUUCCGGGCUAAGUCCUGUUGGGGGGAGCUUGACUUUGCUACCCUCCCAUUAGUAGCUUUAUCUGGCCUAUUUUUGCUGCUUCCUGGGCCUUGGCCUUCAUGGCUCCCAUGGGACUAUUAUGGUGAUGCCUACAGAAGGGGCUUAAUGCAUGUGCCUGCCCCUACCCUGCUAUUUUUAAUGAAACUGAAAAAUGACUUGACUUGGACAGAGCUCUCUGGUGCAGAGCCUCAGUCCACCCUGCUGCCCUCAAGCUCUGAAGCUGUGGGAAGAGAGACCAGCAGGCUAGAGAGUUCCUGUGGCCUGUGGUUUUCCACGCCCCUGUGGUACAGUGUCUGCCUGAGUUUUGGGUAGCAGGGGUGACUGCCAAUCCAGCCUAUCUUAGUCUCUGCUCUGGCUCAGUGCCUCGUUAUUUAUGUGGGGCCGUGCAGGCGCGGGGCCCACUGCCCAUCCCAUUUCUUAUUUAUUGAAACCUGCUGUUGCCCUGGCCCUACAUCUCCAGCCCCACACACUUGAGUAAUAAAAGGUGGAAAAUGUCGUCA